CACACGACGCUCUUUUCCAGCUAAUAACGCAUGUUACGGCGGCUCGGUCGAUUUUGUUUGAGAAAUUAGCCAGCCAGCAGUCUCGAAAAGUUGUCAGAUGUGUUUUUUGAGCUGAGUAAAACUUGACCGCUGGGAGUCACCGACUUGUCAACAGCUAGCUGGCCAAGGCAUUCACACAACUACUACAGUGGAACCCCCCCCACCCCCCAUCUCUUUGUGUAGGAAUGCCGAGCGGGGUGGAGUACGCCGAGUUCGGGGGCAGCCUCCCGGCCAUCGCCUCCCUCAAUGCCUCCUACUCGCAGGCCUCCCUGUCCCUCCCGUCGCCCUACUCUGUCUGCGCCCCCGGGGAGCGCAAGGCCAUCUCCGACGUGCGCCGCACCUUCUGCCUCUUCGUCACCUUCGACCUGCUCUUCAUCUCCCUGCUGUGGAUCAUCGAGCUCAACAUCUCCAGUUCCAUCUGGCAGAACCUGCAGAAGGAGGUGGUCCAGUACAAAUUCGAGUCGUCCUUCUUCGACAUCUUCCUCCUGGCGGCGUUCCGCUUCCUGUGCCUGCAGCUGGGCUACGCGGCUUUCCGCCUGAGGCACUGGUGGGUCAUCGCGAUCACCACUCUGGUGACCAGUGCCUUCCUUGUCGCAAAAGUCAUCAUCUCCAACCUCCUCUCCCAGAAUGCCUUUGGCUACGUGCUGCCCAUCACCUCCUUCGUGGUGGCCUGGCUGGAGACCUGGUUCCUGGACUUCAAAGUGCUCACCCAGGAGGCGGAGGAUGAGAGGGCGUACCUGGCAGCCAUGUGCGUGUCGAGUGGGCGAGGGCCCCUGCUGUACCCGCGCGCUGUGUCUGACGGACAGUUCUACUCCCCACCCGAGUCCAUGGCUGGUUCAGACGAGGAGCUGGACGAGGAAGGACUGGGCCGCAGAGCCAUCACCGCUCAGGAAAAAGAGUAUGUGCGUCAGGGCCGGGAGGCCAUGGCUGUGGUGGAACAGAUACUGGCUCAGGAGGAGAACUGGAAGUUUGAGAAGAACAAUGAGCUGGGUGAUUCCGUGUACACCCUUGAGAUCCCUUUCCAUGGCAAGACCUUCAUCCUGAAGGCCUUCAUGCAGUGCCCAGCUGAGCUUGUGUACCAAGAGGUCAUUCUGCAGCCUGAGAAGAUGGUCCAAUGGAACAGAACCAUCUCGGGUUGCCAGAUCCUGCAGCGGGUGGAUGACAACACGCUGGUGUCGUACGACGUCUCCUCGGGCGCUGCGGGCGGCGUGGUUUCGCCCAGGGACUUUGUGAACGUGAGGCGGGUGGAGCGCCGGAGGGACUGCUACGUUUCCGCGGGGAUGGCCACCUGCCACGAAGCCAAGCCCCCGCACAGCCGCUGCGUCAGAGGAGAGAACGGUCCCGGAGGCUUCGUGGUGCUCAAGUCCAACAGUAACCCGUCUGUGUGCACCUUCGUCUGGAUCCUCAACACAGAUCUCAAGGGCCGACUACCGCGGUACCUCAUCCACCAGAGCCUGGCGGCCACCAUGUUUGAGUUCGUCUCCCACCUGCGCCAGAGGAUCAGCGACCUGCGCCCGUCUCUGCGGUAGAGAGCGCGCGGUCCGCUCUGCUCACGGGCGCACAGCGCCCCUCCCUGGACGGGAGGAGAAACUACGACGCCCGGAACUUUUGGUGCGGUUAUAUAGAAAAGUGCUAGGGACCUUGAAGAAGUGCUAGGGACCUUAAACUUGAACUCGAACUCAACCUCACCUGCCCCCCCAAACAGAUUAAGCUGGACUUUUAUCUGUCAGUCUACACAUGAAUAAUUGAAAUCUCAAAAGAAGGAUGAAACUAAGGAGCUUUCCAGGGGCUCGUGCUCGCGCGCACACACGGUUUCCCCGCAGCCUGUGCCAUAUUUUUUUCCCCUCGCUCUCGACCCUUAAUGUGGUGAGAAGGACGGUCUUCUCCCCUCUGAUACGAGCCUUUCUGUGCGUACGAAUGUUACACACGCGGACGCUCGCUAGCCCUGGACCUGGACUCAGUAAUGUUAGGAAUGAUGGCCGAUACCGGGCCAGACUAGACUGAAUGCCCAGUCGAUUUGUUUAUAUCGCCGCGCGGCGAAACGCAACUAAUGAAGACUUCACCGGCGCCCGGCUUGCUCUAACCCUGCAUGUUACCGAGCGAUCGGCGACCAUUUUCCCUCGUCUUAACGCGGCCCUGCCUGCUCGUCCGACUGCUCGCCUCCAUCGCUGACCGACGCUAUGCAUGAACAGUAGAGUACACUAAUCCUUGCACAUACGCCCCCCCCCGCCCCCCCUCGACAGCUCACUGUGAUGGAGGAGGCGGUUGACGCAGGUGUGGGGUGGAGCCUUAAUCUGUGAACCAACAUUGCCUGAUGGUAGCUUUUUUAUUUCCUAAUAUCAUUUUGCUUCUGUUUCUUUUUUUUUUUGUUGUUGCCAAAAUCAUGUGUUGCAUUCAUUGCUUAAUUGUUUGUACAUUUGUUCUAUUUUUACAGUGAUUUGAGUCACUUUGAAUAAUGCACAUAGCUCACGUGGGGGUAAUGGAGUAUAAGGCACAUUUUGUUUUUUUUGUUCUUCUUAGUUUUUUUGCAUUGUUGUAUUUUAUUUGAGCCCAUGUCAGCCCCAUCAGGUUUUAAAGGGCCUAAAAUGAAAUGAAUAAUAAAAGUCUGUCAGAUUACUA